UCAAAUCUAAAGAUGUUUUGAUUUGACCACUCCUGAAAGCUCCACGAAUUGUCGAUGUGACGCACCAAUCAUCUCACGACAGUUUGACCUUCAAGUGCUCGCACCUUCCGUCAGUAGACGAUACACCUGAAGCGCUGCCAAUCUCAUGCUUCUGUUGUUUCUCAUCGUUUUCGAUUGCUUUUAUUCUACGAUGCUGAUAUGAUCUCGUUGAUCUUUCACUGAUAACCGAAAGCAUCUAUCUUUCCUCAGUCAUUUGAAUAUUUAUUUGAAUACGUAGUCCGUCUUCACCUUGCUGUCAAACAACCAUAAUAACAAGUCUGGCCAUAAUCAUAUUAAGAUUGGACCACUGUAGUAUAUCUGUCUGUUCCGAUCAACUACUCUAUUCUUAGUUGCUUCAGUUGUAAUAUACACACCCAUUUCCUUUCAAACACGGGGUUUGUGGAUUAGUUACUGAAUCCAUGCGAAGUUUCUAGGACUGUCAAAGACUCUUAGUAUACAAGGUACUUUCAGGUUAGACGGAAACGUACCCAAAACUGAACACCACAAUUAUUUCAUCUGGAUUUGCUUACGCACUGUCCUUCGCUCUAUACAUCGGAUCUUUUUUCCGGAGUUUGACAUCUGACCAUCUCUUCAUAUCGUCCUGACGAAUUUUCGUUUAUACUGCACGAAAUUAAAAUAAAUUUGGCGUUGAAUUGUGUUAUUUUGAGGAUGCAAUUAGAUUACAAAGGUUGUUGUAACUUUUUGGAUACCAGAAGGUUAAACAUCAUAAAUGAAGUCAACAAUAUUUCUUUGAAAGGAAACAGCUUCUCUAGUGCUUUCAAGUCAUAUUUCCAAAGUCAAACUAUUCCAAAUGAGGUUUUGUGGUCACUAGAAUGUUAUAACGAUGUCUACUGCGGUAUAUAUAAUUCUUCUGGGGACCUGUUCUUCACUGCUUCGCAAGAUGGGUUUAUUCGAGUAUUUGAUUCUUCUGGACAUUAUUUUCGUUACAUGAAUGAGAUUAAUGUUCCUGAAUAUACCUGGAGUAUUGUGUCACUCUCUUUAAGCAAUUUGGGGGAUACCCUUGUUUUCUGCAGUUUGUCUCCUAUUCUGUAUUUCACCAGUCUAACCGAUGUGCGUGAUGAGGAGCUAAAUCUCAAACAUGCCGAACUUCAACCUGGUGAAAGAAAUAUAACGAAGACUUUUAGUGUUGAUUUUCUUGGCGGGAGUAGUAAUCAAGUGGUUAGUGGACAUAACAAAGGUAUGGUUUAUGUGACGGAUCUGCAGACAAACAAGUAUGAAUCAUUCGCUGUAAAUCCACGAUCAAAAGCUGAUGUAAAUGCUGUUACUACACUGGAUAGAUCAAGUAAUCUUAUCCUUGCGGGUAGUGAUGAUACAAAUGUUAGACUUUUUGAUAUUCGUGCAUUGAACAAAGGGUGUCAAAGUUUAUUUUCUGGACAUGUGGACGGUAUCACAUAUUUGGAUUCAAAGGGUGAUGAUGUGUACUUUUUGUCAAACAGUAAAGAUCAAACGGUUAAACUAUGGGAUACAAGAAAGUGUCGAGAAUCGGGGAAAGAAACUCGAAUGACUCCUCGUUCUACUUGGGACUAUCGAAUUCAUCCGAUUCCACGUGGAUAUCCCAUACCUUCUAAACAAAAUUCUUCUAAACCUAUUCGAGGUGAUAACUCUGUGCUUACACUUUCUGGACAUAAAGUUCGCAACACGUUAAUUCGAGCACGUUUUUCGCCUGCAUUUAAUACUGAACAAAGAUUUGCUUACUCUGGAAGUGCUUAUGGUAAUUGGUAUAUAUGGGAUUUGUAUUCCGGAAAAGUUGUUAAAAAUUAUUCGUGUGAUGGGCAUACAAUACGAGAUAUAAAUUGGCAUCCAUAUGAACAGCAAAUAGUUACCUGUGGUACAACAGGUGAUAUAAGUUGUUGGGUAUAUAAUCGGAAUAAAAUUACACGUUCCAAGAAAAAGUCUCAGAAAAAACAAGAAAGCAAACGUUUAAAUUCUUCUCUACCAAUCGUAGAAGCUGAUGACGAAACAUUUCAUGAACUGCGUAAAUUAGCUAAAGCUGGUUUAAAAUAUCGGGUAAAAGGAAUUUUCGAACGCCACAAGUCAUCAAUAUUAUCCCGCUUUAUUGGAUCUAGCGAUUCAGAAGAUGAAGAUUUCAUUACUGAUUAUGAAUCAGAUGAAAGUUCCAUUUUUCCAUUUGAUCAUUACUAUUCCUUUAUUGAUGGCAUAUAUUUUGAUGAAUACUAUGAAGAUAUUGAUUCAGACUUUUAUCCACCAUCUGAUGAUGAAUUUCUUUUCGAUACACAAUCAUAUGUACCUCCAUUAACACGCAAUCAACAGAGACAUUUAAAUCCCGAUGAAGAAUUAACUACUGAAUCUAUUAAUAAUGGAUCCACAGCUAGGAAUUCUCAAAGACCUAGCACUAGACCAAAUAAUCGCCAAACAAGAUCAGCAACUCAGAGACAAACCCAACAAAUUACUCCGCAAAGGAGUAUUCGUCGUUCAUCCAGGAGACGUACACGAGGAAGGUCUAGGAACUAGAAACAUUAUUCAUAUUAUCAGUAGAGAUUAUUCAUGCGAAUUUUUCAUAUUUUAUUUGUUUCAAUAAAAGAACAUAUUUAUGUUUCGA